UCUUCGUCUUCAGCAGCUUAAUCCCCCAGGCUCUAUAGCCCUAACCUCAAUCCGACGUUUGGGUACUGAAGAAGACAACAUCUAUCUCAGCCUGUCGAAAGACGACAGGCUUGUUGCCAUGGAAACCAUGAAGAAAAUAGGAAAUCAUGCAAUAUUCGACCAUGAAUUGUACGAUGCAGACGCAGUCUAUUUGACCACACUGAGAGAUAUCAAGCAGUACGAGGAUCCAAGGAAGAAAAGGGACCUUUUCGGCAUGGCAAUGAUCGGAGGUAUUUGCAGCUACGACAAAAGUGCCGUUGGAAAGGACGAGCCAUUUUCAUAUUCCGGACUCAGCAUCUUCAUCCACGAAUUGGGGCACUUGCUCAAUUUGCACCAUGACGGUGAACGUGAUUCAUCACAUUGCCGUCCCAAAGCUGGCUACAUAAUGCACACAUACUUUGACGGAGAGCAUCAUUAUGAGUGGUCAAAAUGCAGCAAUGAUGCAAUUAGGACGUUUCUGCAGUCACCUAAGUCAAGCUGCUUGCACUCUGUGAAAAGUCGCAACGUUUCUUUGCUGCCGAACGACCAUAUGAAUCUGACAUCGGUUAUCAAUGGAGCCGAUUACUGCGACAAGUAUUUUCCGAACUUCUAUGACGUCUCUCAUGAAAAGGUAUCCUUUGGCGACAAUUGCUACUUUCGCUGCAAAUUGAAGAUGAUAAAUCGUGGACCACACUAUGCACACAUACGUGCACCGGAUGGAACACCCUGUAAAGGACGAACUAAGAAAUGUUACAAGGGCAUCUGUAGGUGAACGCCAAUAAAUUUUCUUUUCUGUGCUUC